AAAAAAAAAGGAGCCGAGGACACGGACACACACACAGAAGACUCCUCUUUUCUCGCUGCCUGCACUUAUGCCUGGCGGAGCUGGUUCCCAGCCGUCCUGCCAACCUGCUGCCGGCCGCUGCCUGCGCUGCCCCCCAGGAGCCGCAGCUCAGCCCCACACCGGGGGCCCGGGGAAAGGGACUCCCUCCGGCCGCAAAGAAGGACCACCGAGGGGCCGCCGCCGAGCAAGGGCAGAGGAUGGCCUCAGCCCUCCGGCUGCUGCUGCUCUGGGCGUUUGCCCCCACGGUGGUCCCGGAGGUGUUUGGCCCCGGAGAUGGCACAGAGGACCUCAAGGCCCUGCAGGUCUCCAUCCCACGCCACCCAGCCCUGGACGCCGUGCUGGCGGGCGACAUCACCAUCCCCUGCCUCAUCACCUACCUCGGCCCCCAGCCCACCGCCGGCACGGCCGGCCGCCGGGCGGUGCUGGGGACCCCCCGCGUCAAGUGGACCUUCAUCUCUGAGGGCAAGGAGGUGGAAAUCUUGGUAGCCCGGGGGGACAGGGUGAAGGUGAGCGAGGACUAUCGCCUCCGCGCCUCCCUGCCCAUCUUCCACCGGCGCUACACCAACGCCUCGCUGCUGCUCACCGAGCUGCGGCCCAACGACUCGGGCAUCUACCGCUGCGACGUGCAGCACGGCAUCGAGGACGGCCACGACAUCCUCCACCUCAAAGUCAAAGGGGUGGUGUUUCACUACCGGGAGGGUUCCAUGCGCUACGCCUACACCUUCGCCGAGGCGCGGGAAGCUUGUGCCAGGAUCGGCGCCCGCAUCGCCACCCCCGAGCAGCUCUACGCCGCGUACCUGGGCGGCUACGAGCAGUGCGACGCCGGCUGGAUCGCCGACCAGACCGUCAGGUACCCCAUCCACACGCCCCGCGAGGCCUGUUACGGAGACAUGAACGGCUUCCCCGGCGUGAGGAACUACGGCGUGGUGGACCCGGGGGACAUGUACGAUGUGUACUGCUACGCCGAGGACCUCCCAGGGGAGAUCUUUUUGGAGACGUCCCCAGAGAAAUUCACGCUGGAGGAGGCGGCGGUGCGGUGCCGGGCGCUGGGGGCCGAGCUGGCGAGGCCGGGGCAGCUGUACGCGGCGUGGAGCGGGGGGCUGGACGCCUGCAGCCCCGGUUGGCUGGCGGACGGCAGCGUCCGGUACCCCAUCGUCACCCCCCGGGAACGCUGCGGGGGGGCCCUGCCGGGCGUCAAAACCAUCUUCCUCUUCCGCAACCAGACGGGAUUCCCCGACGCCCAGAGCAGAUACGAUGCUUAUUGCUUUCGAGAAGGGACAAACUCUUUCCCUGAGGCUGCAGGAAAAUACCGAGCCAGAGAGCCCGAGGGCCUCCAGGAGAUUGUUACAGUGGCAGAAAAGCUGGAGGAGCUGCAGCUGCCCAAAGCGCAAGUGGAGAUUGAGUCGCGAGGGGCUAUAUACGCCGUCCCUUUCUUUAAGGACGCUGAGCUGGAAAAGCCGAGCCCGUCCCCCGAAGACGCACCGGGGCCAGGGACCCGGCACCCCCCGCUAGAUACCUCCGUGUCCUCAGAGGAGGAGGAGGAGGAGGAGGGAGCAGCGCCGGGCAGGGACACGGCCAGCACGUCGGUGGAGAGCCCGGGCGGAGGCCGCGACCCCGGCCAGCCCAUGGAGCCGGAUGGAGCUGUCGGCGCCCAGACGCUCUCCGGGGCCCCGCGGGCGGGCGCAGAGGGACCCACCGGUGCCCCGUCUCCGGCGGGGGCCGCAGCAGGUGACACGGAGCACCCCGAGGGGUUUCCCCGGCCGCCCAGCCCCGCUGCCCCCACCUGCCGCCCCGAUCGCCCGUGGGACGCCAUGGGGCGGCCAGCCCACACUGCCAGCCCUGGGGCACCGGGGCACCGGGUGACGUCGCCGACCGGUGCCACUUCUGCCACCUCGACAGAUAGCCGAGAGCCCGGCGGGACCCCCCGCCGUGGCCACCAGCCCGGUGGGGCGAGGACCCCCGUCCCCACUGCUGAAGAUGCCGAGCUCUCGGGAGACGUGGCCGAAAGCCCCGGGGUGUCCCCGCUGCCCCCCGCACCCCCGCAGCCGCAGGAGGAGGGAGAGGAGCAGUCGGGGGCCCCGUGGCUGCCCUCGCCCGCGGUCCCCGGGGGCGGAAGCACCGUCCCCGCGGCAGAGGCGACGGCGGUCACACCGUGGCACGUGGAAGUGCCCGGCAGCAGCAGCAGCAUGCCGGCGGUGGGACACGAGGAUGCUGCGCCGAGACCCCCGGGCAGUGACCGCGGGAUGCCUGCCGCUUCUUCGGAAGAGGAGGAAGAGGAGGAGGAGGAAGAGCCACCCGCUCCCUCCGUUGCAACCGUGGAGGGUUUCCUUGCAGCCAUUCCCGGAGAACCAGGUGGCUGCGUCCCCAACCCCUGCCUGAAUGGAGGGACCUGCGCGGAGGACGGCGCCCACCUGGCCUGCCUGUGCCUGCCCGGCUACGGAGGCAGCACCUGCGAACGACCGCUGGAGACGUGCAGCCCGGGCUGGGACAGCUUCCACGGGGCCUGCUACAAGCAUUUCUCCACCCGGAGGAGCUGGGAGGACGCCGAGACCCAGUGCAGGCAUUACGGGGGCCACCUGGCCACCAUCCUGACCCCCGAAGAGCAGGACUUCAUCAACGACCAGUACAGGGAGUACCAGUGGAUCGGCCUGAACGACCGGACCAUCGAGGGGGAUUUCCAGUGGUCCGACGGGAGCCCCUUGCUCUACGAGAACUGGCACCCCGGGCAGCCCGACAGCUAUUUCCUCUCCGGGGAGAACUGCGUGGUCAUCGUGUGGCACGACGGGGGCCAGUGGAGCGACGUCCCCUGCAACUACCACCUCUCCUACACCUGCAAAAUGGGGCUGGUGCAGUGCGGGCCUCCCCCCGCCGUCAGCAACGCCCGCGCCUUCGGCAAACCAAAGCAGCGCUACGAGAUCGGCUCCAUCGCGCGGUACCAGUGCCACCGCGGCUUCGUCCAGCGCCGCUCCCCCGUCAUCCGGUGCCGGGAAGACGGGACGUGGGAACCCCCCCAGCUGGCCUGCCGCCCCGGCCUGGCUCAACCCCCCGACGACUGAGCGAGGACAGAAGCCACCACCUCCCCGGGGCCCCGGAGCCGGCGUGGAUGGGGACGGCAUCGGGAUGCCAGCGCAGACCCCCCCGGCAUGGCACAAAACCUCACCGUUGGGCGUCUGCCGCCUCUUUUGUUUUAUAUCUGUACAAAGAAAUCCUAAUAACUAAAGAUCCCCUCGAAAGGAACUGACAACGA